CCAGAAAAGUUCAAGUUGUCUUUUGAAUUGGACGUGCAGGAAGAAAGCUCUCCUGAGAAAUUAGCGUUUUUUAGUGGAUUUUUGGAGGAUUUCUGCAUAGUGCAAAUCCCAUCGUAAGUGACUGAGGAAGCUUCCAUAGACAUGGUGCUGGCAGAGAGGAAUGCCGAAAGUGUGAGAAAUGGUGGUAGGAGAUCCCGAGGACCAAGCCCCAACGGUCAUGCUGGUUCUCCGGAAUCCAGUUCAGAUGACGAAAAUUCGGCAUCCAAGAAAAUCAGCAAAUCCCUGAAGAAAUCAAGUGAAUAUGAAGCCGAGAAGAUUCGGGUCGGACGAGACUAUCAAGCUGUUUGCCCAGAACUUGUUCAUCCCACAGAACGGAAGGUGGAUCAGUUGAAUGACAGAGCUCUUCUGGUUUGGUCACCCACCAAGGAGAUUCCCGAUGCCAAAUUGGAGGAGUACAUUACGGUGGCCAAGGAGAAGUACGGGUACAAUGGUGAGCAGGCCCUGGGAAUGCUUUUCUGGCACAAGCACGACUUGGCCAGGGCGGAAUCUGACCUGGCCAAUUUUACUCCCUUCCCCGAUGAAUGGACAGCGGAGGACAAAGUGCUGUUUGAACAAGCAUUCCAAUUCCACGGGAAGAGCUUUCAUCGCAUCCGACAGAUGCUCCCGGACAAAUCAAUUCCGAGUCUCGUGAAGUACUACUACUCCUGGAAAAAAACCAGAAGUCGUACGAGUGUAAUGGAUCGUCAGGAGAAGAUCAAGAAGAACGAAAGUUCCGAAAAUGGAAGUGAGAACGGAAGCAACGAGGAGUCAGACAGCGAAGAAAAGAAGUGGCCCAUUCACCGUGGAAUUCACAGGGCCAGUGGAUCACCCCCGAGAGGCAUAAAAGAUGAUCAGGUAUCAAGUUCAGCGUCAAGCCUUCAGGCGUCAACAUCUGCAAUAUGCACCAUAAAUUCAAAUAAUACUGGAAAUGACACCAAUAAUGAUGUGCAAGACACAAAGGGUGGUUCACUUCCUAAUACUUCAUCAUCGCCGUCCACAAACGCGUCCUCCUCAUUGUCCUCAACCACUGGUGGUUGUGGUGGAUGUGGUGUUCCGUGUAAUCACGUGAAUAGCACGCCACAAGGCAAAUUAUGCAACAGUUGCUAUCAUCACUGGAGACGUACUGGAAAUUUGCGUCCAACAACGGGCCCUUCGUGUUUUGGGAAGCGGUCAAAAAACAGUCAUGAUAAGCAUAAACGUAAACCACCGCGUGGUAUGCACAUUAAUCACGAUGAUAUUGUUGCAUUGGCCAAUCCAGAUAAUGAUCAAGCGAAUCGAAAUGAUGAACUUCUAGCGACUAUGGAUAGAGAAAUCGUGUCGCUUUGGUGUCAAAUUCAACAAAAUAAACAAACAGUGAGUUCACUAAAGAGAAAAAAUUCAGAUUCAUCUGAUGAUUUGCGACCACCAGAAAGUAUGAGUAAAAUAAAUUCACGGUGGAACAAUGAGGAAUUAUUGCUGGCUGCACAGGGAAUUAGGAAGUAUGGGAAGGAUUUUCAGGCAAUUGCCGAGACAAUUGGCACAAAGACACCAGCUCAGGUGCGACUGUUCUUUGUUAACUACCGUCGCAAGUACAACUUGGAUGGAGCCAUGAAGGAUUUCGAGGCGGAAAAUUCACAGCAGCAUGGCGCAACAUCAAUUAUGGCAUCAGCUGCUUUCAAUAAAUCCAAUGGACAGCAAUUCAGUGAAGAUGUCAUGGAGAUUGAUAUAGAUGACGAUUCGAUGGAAAAUAAGAAGGAGAAGGAUGUAGAAGUAACUGCUAUAACGUGUGACGAUGUGGAUAAGAUUGACAUCGAUGUGAAUAUUUUGCAGGGCAAAGAGACAACGCCCAUUUUGAGAGAAAAUAUUUUACCAACUGAUUCGGGAAGCAACGCAACCACCAAAUAAAAUGAUAAACACAAAAUCCAACUUUUCUUUUUUCAAUCGAGAUAUUCUAAUGUAGAUCGUAAUAAUUACUUUAAGAUUUUUCAAGAAAAAAAGAAAGAAAGAAAGUUUUUCUUCUCAUUCAUUAUAAAAUCUCAAAGAAGAAGGAGAAAAAUAUUUAAAAUAAAAAAAAAUAGUGCUGCUCUUGGCAAAAACAAAAGUAGGAAGAAUAUAUUUUGAGGGUUAAUUAUUUUUUUCUCAAUAGUGAAAUUGAUAUUUUUUCCGAUGUUUUCAUCUCAACAUUAUUAAGUAUACUUGAAGAUUACUGAAAGAAUCGAUCUUAGCGCUUAUUUAUUUUGCUUUUAAAUGACUUUGAAUUUUUUCGCGUAAUUUAGGAAUGAUAGUCGUGAAUUUUGUAUAGAUUUUUAUAUAAUAAUAUAUUUUUAAAUGAUAUCGACGAUAA